AUGGGAAAUCCAGGUUAUGGUAUGCCAUAUCCAGGUUAUGGUAUGCCAUAUCCAGGUUAUGGUAUGACAUAUCUAUAUCCAGAUUAUGGUAUGCCAUGUCCAGAUUAUGAUAUGCCAUAUUCAGGCUAUGGUAUGACAUUUCCAAGUUAUGGUAUGAUAUAUCCGGGUUAUGGUAUGACAUACUCAUGUUAUGGUACAGGUUAUGUAUGCAUAUUUUCGAAUGAAUUCUGUUGGAAAUCGAGCACAAUUCCGUUAACCGUUAAUAUAACAGUUUGA